CCCCAAUCAUAUGAUCGUUUUUUGCCCAAAGUGAAAAAAAAUUCUCAUUGAACCUCGACGACGACGGCGACGGAGUGGAAUUUCUCGUAUCUUGAAGUGGACGGAGUAGGCGUAGACGGAAUCGCUCCCUGUGUUGAAGUUUGAUAUUCUAUUUUCCUCGUCGUCGUGAAGUCCCAGGAAAUCUGCAAAAAUGGCUCUAAGCGAUGCAGAUGUACAAAAACAGAUCAAACAUAUGAUGGCAUUCAUUGAGCAAGAGGCCAAUGAAAAAGCCGAAGAAAUUGAUGCCAAAGCCGAGGAAGAAUUCAACAUUGAAAAGGGUCGUUUGGUUCAACAGCAACGUCUCAAGAUCAUGGAAUUUUUUGAGAAAAAAGAGAAACAGGUUGAGCUGCAAAAGAAAAUUCAAUCAUCAAAUAUGUUGAAUCAAGCUCGAUUGAAGGUGCUGAAAGUCCGCGAAGAUCACGUUCGUAACGUACUCGAAGAGGCACGACGACGUCUCGGUGAUGUUACAAAGAACGAAAAUGAAUACCGAAAGAUCCUGCAUCAGCUUAUCAUUCAAGCCCUUUAUCAAACAAUGGAAACAAAUGUCACUUUACGUUGUCGUAAAGUAGAUGUGCCUCUGAUUGAAAGCCUAUUGCCGGAAAUCUCCGAAGAAUACAAGAAGAAUAUCGGACACGACGUUGUUAUUCAUAUCGAUACGGAAGUUGUUUUACCACCAGAUACAUGCGGAGGAAUUGAAAUAAUUGCAUUAAAUGGACGUGUACGGGUCCCCAACACAUUGGAAUCACGAUUAGAACUCAUUUCACAACAACUUAUCCCUGAAAUCCGUAACGCACUGUUCGGACGCAACGUGAAUCGUAAAUUCGCCGACUAAACAAUUUCAUCCACAACAAUUCGCAUCGUUAUAUCAUCGAACGUUAUGUUUUACAAAAAUAAGUUUAAAAUGUUUUCUUUUUUUUUUAAAAAAAAAAUUCAAUCAAAUAUUCACAUGCAGAGUAAAAAAACAACAAAUGAAUUAAAGUUAAAAGUUUACCAUUAGCAGCAAUCAACCAACCUAACUACACACAAGACAAAUUCAUGAAAUUUAAAAAAACAAGGAAAUACUAUUAAGAAGAAAGUUUAGCAAAGAAACCGAGGUUAGUUCCAAGGAAUGCAAGCCACAAAUAUAAUCAGAAGAAAAAAUCUACUUUUUUUUUUCGGAAAUGGAAACAAUAAUUAAAAUGUCGUUGAAAUAUUAUAUGAAAUAUAUAAAUAAUGAUUAUUAUUAUUAAAAGAAAUUGCGAGCAAGAAAACAUAUUCGUUCAGACAAAGCAAAGAAAACGAAAACAGUUGUAAGGAAAAAAAAAACGUCACAACAUUCCUGUUUUGAAUUAAAACGAAAACAAAAGCAAGUUUAAGAGAUGAAGGAGAUAAUACUGUUUUGCUUUCAACUAUUUUUUCUCUGGUUUUUUUUAUUAUUAUGUAAGGUUUUGAAACAAAUGUUUCUAUUUCCCUAUUUCCUGCGUAAGACACAAAUAUCUAUCUUCCUUUGUCGCGUUUUUUUUUUAAGCGCAAAUGAAAAUUCUUCGUCACCAAUUAAGCGAAAAAAAAGAACUUAUUUUAGUCGAUCAAUUGUUUUGUUUGUUUGCAUUAAUUUUUGUUGAUAUGUUGAGAAAAACUUUCUUUCGAAAUGUGUAUUAUAUGAUUAUGUAUUUCUUUUCACUUAGUUUUUGAACAACAACAAUUCCUUUAAAUCGUUCUUUAAAGCGCAAUCGUUUUUCCUUCCCCUGUGAACAAUAGUUACAAAUGACUUUUGCCAUAAAAGAUAUUUUGGAAGUUACUUUUAGUAGAUAUGUUAAACGGAACGUUUGUAUUUAAGCUGGAGUUAAGAUCGUGCAUGGAAUGCGAGUAGGGGGCGUUGUGCAUUGUCCUGUUGACGGAGGAGUUUUGUGAGAGCCAAUGGGUGAGCUGUGAGAAUUUUUGCAAUGAUUUGAGCCAGCUUGUAGUCGACAGCAUCUUACUUUGAUUACACCGAAUCUUUCCGAGAUUAGUUAGUUCGAUAGAACUAGUUUAUAUCCGUAUAUUCUAGUGAGACAAUAAUUCACUCGUUACAGAUUUCUUCCAAAUUAUAACAUGAAUAUUUCAAGAAACAUUUGAUGUAGUCCAUGGGACUCAAAACUAGUCCUUUAUAAAUAUCUAGAAAGCAUAAAGUUGAACUUGUGUUGUGUAAAUAUCAUCCUUCUCGUUGUUUAGGAAAAAUUCGCUGCAUUCAAAGUAAUUGACUUUUAAGUUGCGUGACAAUCAUUCAAAUGUCCUUCGCGGCUCAAAAUCAAAUACUGGCGGAAUUUCGUUUGAUAAAUAUCAGCUAUAGGAUGAGUGCGUGCACCGAAAAAAUGUGCAGUCUUCAAUGAUAAUUUCUUAUCGGCUUUUUUGAACAUCCAUGUGGUGGUGGAUAUUGACAGAAAAUUGAGACAAAAAUGCAUUUGAAUGUACAAAUUGACAACAAAUGAGACCCCAAAACAACAUCUUGUUAUGACAAUCUUCGUAAACUCGAAACGAGUCAUGCACUCGAAUAUCGUCCUUAACCGCCAGAAUCUCUCGCGCUUUUCAAUGCCCCCAACAAAAGCAUGUAAUGCUGUCCAGCUGAGUACAGAACUACACAAUAUAUACUUUUUGUUUUAUUAUUAGAGAGUGUCGUCUGUUUCGUUUUGAAAACGAACAGAAGAAAAAAAGAGACAGUAAUGAAGCGAUUUUUGUAGGAUGAAAAAGAAAAGGGAGUCGGUCGUUUCAAAUCAAUUCAAUCAACAACCGAAAAUGUGCUCUAAAUAGAGGAAAAUUUCAAUUGUUAAUAAUUUUUUCAGUAUUUUAAGCAUAGAAAAGUAAUUUUAAAACGUGUUAUUUUAUUAUUAUUUUCUUUCUGUGGAAUAGUAAGAAAACGCUUUCCGAUUUGUUCUUGUACAUUAAAAAAAAACAUGGAGAAAAUCAACAAAUAAGAAAA